AUAAGCUAUUGUAAUUCCGUUUUUAUCCUUUCUCAGCCCUAGCAAUUUAUACUGCUCCCUCCUCAAAUUUGUGAAGCUUGCGCCUCCUGCUUCGAAACCCUUCCAAUUUCAGUGCUUGUGGUCCGAUUUCUGUCAAGAUGGCAAACUCUCCGGCGCCGGCACUGUCCAUGGAAAAUUUGAGAACCCAAUUCAGUUUGGAAGAUCCUGGGAGUCAACAAAUGAUCAAUGAUCACUUGGGACGAAACCGCAAGAGGAAAGGAGACCGGAAAGGAGACCGCACGAGAAGAAGCUGGACUGAUCGAGAGGAGGAGACACUGGUUAUAGCACUGAAGGACAUCGUUGCCCAUGGUUGGAAGUCCGACAAUGGGUUUCGAGGUGGAUAUCUUACGAAGCUUGAAGAUGCAAUGCGAAGUCGGUUUCCAAAGACUGAUAUUAAGGGCUCUCCGCACAUCACCUCAAAACUUACAGCUUGGAAAAGGAUGUAUGGGUCGUUGGCUCUUAUUCUGAAUAGAAGUGGGGUAGGGUUUAACAAUAAGGGCGACUACAAAAUCGAUUGUAAUGACGAUCAAUGGGAUCAAAUUGUGAAGGCUGAUAAAGAUGCUCGUUUUAUGAGGAACAAGUGUUGGCCCUAUUGGGAGCACUGGCAAGUAAUAUUCGGGAAGGAACGUGCUAGUGGCACAGUUGCAGCGGAUUACAUGGACUCUGUUAAUGAUCUUCACUCUCUCGAACAAGUGCAAGAGUCAAUUGGUGCCAUUGGAGAGCAAGUGAUCCCUGAUGAACAGCCAAGCAUGGAUGAUCAACCAACCAUGGAUGAUCAGCCAAGCAUGGACCCGUUGGGUGGAACGCCUACUCCGGCGGGUGCGGCUAACAGCACCAGCCACGGCGGUCGGGCCAACGCCACUUCUGGCAGCGUUGGAAAUAAGAAGAAGUUGUCUGAGCUUGGCACUGAUGGCCUUGUCCACAUGCUAGAGAAGCUGCACGAGGAUACUAACAAGAGGCUCGACACUUUAUCCCUUCGCAUUGGGUAUGAAUUCGAUCUCAGUAAAGCUCGAAAGGACGUAUUCCAGCUGUUAGGCAGACUUCCUGGUCUCACUCGUAAGCAGAAGUUUGAUGUGGGAGAAAUCCUACUUGAAAAGGUAGAGCGUUUGGAUUUUUUCCUUGGAAUGCAGGAUGAGGAUCGCAGUGCAUACGUGCUUCGAGCCCUUGUGAAGUUUAUGUAGAGAUGUUUCAGCUACUUAGUAAUUUUGGUGUCGACACCUAGUUGUAAUCCUAAUGGCUGCCAAACUUAUGUUUUUUGUUGUGCUUGUGGGGAUUAAAUACCCGUACGUAUAGGCGCUGGACUUGUGUCGAUGUUAGACUACUGUUUAAUGUUUUUUUGAGGCUAACUUCAGUGGAAAACAUUUAAUCUGUGGUGCCCCAUUGAAAUAUCUGCUAAUUUAAAUUGCAAUAUAUUGCUUGAA